CUGCAACAGGGCUGCUGGGCUGAGGAGGAGGAGGAGGAGUGGCACACUUCACCAAAACUUCCCCGAACUUGCCGCCGCUCCUCCCCGUUACCCGCGCGUAAAACUCAACGUUCUCAACUUUCUCCCCCCACUGAGUUCUCGCGAAGUAGCGACAGUUUACCACAGAAGUGAGACUUUUCGCAUUUCGUUUAAAGCAGGAACUAAGUUUGGACAAUGACAGGACUCAGCGGAUAGAACACAACGCGCUUCCAGUCGUGUCCCUGACCGCGCGUCAUGAUGCAGCCACUGCGGCGCUCCGGCGUCUCUCUGUGGACUCUGCUGCUCCUCUGCGCGCUCCCCGAGAACUCGAGUACAGGAUGUGAUGAGCCAGCAUGUGUUGAUAAUGGAAUAGGAACAUUUACAAUAUCAACAACAACAGUCAGCCUUGUAUCGAGACCAAACUGUACUUUAUCCACUGUGGAUAAUAUCCAUGGAAACGGUUCACUGACUGGUCUGACUUCUGGAGUUGUCUAUCCGAUCCUCAUCAAUUGUUCCAACUGCUGUAAAAACAUCACAACAAAGCCUGAAGUAAUCAGAAACCUCACAGUCAUGAACGUCACCACGUCCACGGUGUCUCUGAGCUGGAUUGAACCAGUGGGAAACAGCUCCCUCUACAGAGUACACUGGACUGAUGGACGUUUAAGUGGGACUUUAAAUGUGACUGAAACAUAUGUUCACAUUACUAACCUGACUGCUGGAGUCAAGAAUGAAAUAAGUGUCACUGCAGUGGCAGAUGACGGCCACACUGGUGGACAGAGCUUCACCGUUGUCCGAUACACAAAGCCUGAAGUAAUCAGAAACCUCACUGCCAUGAACGUCACCACGUCCACGGUGUCUCUGACCUGGAUUGAACCAGUGGGAAACAGCUCCCUCUACAGAGUACACUGGACAGAUGGACGUUUAAGUGGGACUUUAAAUGUGACUGAAACAUAUGUUCACAUUACUAACCUGACUGCUGGAGUCAAGAAUGAAAUAAGUGUCACUGCAGUGGCAGAUGACGGCCAUACUGGUGGACAGAGCUUCACCUUUGUCCGAUACACAAAGCCUGAAGUAAUCAGAAACCUCACAGUCAUGAACGUCACCACGUCCACGGUGUCUCUGACCUGGAUUGAACCAGUGGGAAACAGCUCCCUCUACAGAGUACACUGGACUGAUGGACGUUUAAGUGGGACUUUAAAUGUGACUGAAACAUAUGUUCACAUUACUAACCUGACUGCUGGAGUCAAGAAUGAAAUAAGUGUCACUGCAGUGGCAGAUGACGGCCACACUGGUGGACAGAGCUUCACUGUUGUCCGAUACACAAAGAGUGAAGUAAUCAGAAACCUCACAGUCAUGAACGUCACCACGUCCACGGUGUCUCUGACCUGGAUUGAACCAGUGGGAAACAGCUCCCUCUACAGAGUACACUGGACAGAUGGACGUUUAAGUGGGACUUUAAAUGUGACUGAAACAUAUGUUCACAUUACUAACCUGACUGCUGGAGUCAAGAAUGAAAUAAGUGUCACUGCAGUGGCAGAUGACAGCCACACUGGUGGACAGAGCUUCACUGUUGUCCGAUACACAAAGCCUGAAGUAAUCAGAAACCUCACAGUCAUGAACGUCACCACGUCCACGGUGUCUCUGACCUGGAUUGAACCAGUGGGAAACAGCUCCCUCUACAGAGUACACUGGACUGAUGGACGUUUAAGUGGGACUUUAAAUGUGACUGAAACAUAUGUUCACAUUACUAACCUGACUGCUGGAGUCAAGAAUGAAAUAAGUGUCACUGCAGUGGCAGGUGACGGCCACACUGGUGGACAGAGCUUCACCUUUGUCCGAUACACAAAGCCUGAAGUAAUCAGAAACCUCACAGUCAUGAACGUCACCACGUCCACGGUGUCUCUGACCUGGAUUGAACCAGUGGGAAACAGCUCCCUCUACAGAGUACACUGGACAGAUGGACGUUUAAGUGGGACUUUAAAUGUGACUGAAACAUAUGUUCACAUUACUAACCUGACUGCUGGAGUCAAGAAUGAAAUAAGUGUCACUGCAGUGGCAGAUGACGGCCACACUGGUGGACAGAGCUUCACUGUUGUCCGAUACACAAAGCCUGAAGUAAUCAGAAACUUCACAGUCAUGAACGUCACCACGUCCACGGUGUCUCUGACCUGGAUUGAACCAGUGGGAAACAGCUCCCUCUACAGAGUACACUGGACAGAUGGACGUUUAAGUGGGACUUUAAAUGUGACUGAAACAUAUGUUCACAUUACUAACCUGACUGCUGGAGUCAAGAAUGAAAUAAGUGUCACUGCAGUGGCAGAUGACGGCCACACUGGUGGACAGAGCUUCACUGUUGUCCGAUACACAAAGCCUGAAGUAAUCAGAAACCUCACAGUCAUGAACGUCACCACGUCCACGGUGUCUCUGACCUGGAUUGAACCAGUGGGAAACAGCUCCCUCUACAGAGUACACUGGACUGAUGGACGUUUAAGUGGGACUUUAAAUGUGACUGAAACAUAUGUUCACAUUACUAACCUGACUGCUGGAGUCAAGAAUGAAAUAAGUGUCACUGCAGUGGCAGAUGACGGCCACACUGGUGGACAGAGCUUCACUGUUGUCCGAUUCACAAAGCCUGAAGUAAUCAGAAACCUCACAGUCAUGAACGUCACCACGUCCACGGUGUCUCUGACCUGGAUUGAACCAGUGGGAAACAGCUCCCUCUACAGAGUACACUGGACAGAUGGACGUUUAAGUGGGACUUUAAAUGUGACUGAAACAUAUGUUCACAUUACUAACCUGACUGCUGGAGUCAAGAAUGAAAUAAGUGUCACUGCAGUGGCAGAUGACGGCCACACUGGUGGACAGAGCUUCACUGUUGUCCGAUACACAAAGCCAGGUAUAAUCGGGCCGCCUACUGUGUCCUCAAACACCUCCUCCAUCUCUCUAAGGUGGCCUGCGCCUCCUGGUCAGGUGUUCUUGUACAGGUUGGAGUUGCACGAUGGUAGAAGGCUGUUGACGACCAAUGUCACAAACACCUUUGCUGUGUUGUCAGAGCUGACCUCUGGUACUAACCACAACAUAACCGUCGUUGCUGUAGCUGGAGACAAUAAGACCCAAGGAGACCCUUACACUUUCACUUCAUUCACAAUGCCCAAAGCAGUGACUAACCUCACGGUGAGCGAUGUGAACACAACCGCGAUCCGACUUACGUGGCUCAGACAAAGUGAUUAUAAGCCUUCCUACUCCUACGUGGUCAUGGCGCUCCAGAAUGCCACAGAGGUUCAGAAGAAUCGAACAGGGACGGAGUCUUACACCUUCUCCGAUCUGAGGCCUGGAAAUCUGUACACCUUUUAUGUGUUUACAUAUGUGGAAGAGGUGAAGUCUUCAGGGGAAAACACAUCAAAUUAUACAAGACCGGACUCUGUGACCAGGCUGAGACAGGCAGGAAUCACCACAAAUGCAGUGACCUUGGUGUGGGAGCAGCCGAACAGCAAAACUGGCCAAUCAUAUGUGGUGCUUGUGACCCAAAACUCCUCCUCUUUUCCUGAAGUUCAAGUUUUCAACACAACAUUCACAAGCACCGGACUUUCAUCAGGGAGCAACACCAGCUUCACUGUCACGACUCAGACAACUGAUGGCACUCCAGCAGCUCCUGUGACAGUUUACUACUUCACACGGCCUUAUAGCAUUACUGGGUUGAAGGUUGGAACCUUAAACACGACCACUGGACGUCUGGUUUGGAGUGAACCUCAGAAUUACAAGAGUGAAUAUAAGUAUCGUGUUGAGACGACAGGCUGCAGAUCCCAAAACCAAACCGUUCCAGAAGAAGCUGCUGUGAUCUCAGAGCUCACACCUGGGACAAACUGCACCUUCUGUGUUUUCGUCAUUGCAGCGGAUGGCACUGAAGGAGAGGAAAACUGCACCUCACAGUACACUGAACCUGAGACAGUACAAGUCAGUCUCUCCAGUCAAGGCUCCAAUAGUUCAGUCCUGGUGUCGUGGACCAAACCUCCUGGGAAGGUGGAACAUUUUAAGGUUCAUCUAAACAGCACGUCUUCAACUUUCAAAGAAGAAGUGCUGAACUCUACCAGCAACUCCUCUCUGUUUGAGGGCCUGCAUGCAGGGACACUUUACAGUGCCAGAGUCUUCACAUGUAGUGGACCCUUCAAUGCAUCAUCUGAAUACAUCCAUAAUGCAACUUUCCCAAACCCCCCCGGGUCAGUCGAGGUCCUGACAAGAACAACCAGCUCCCUUGAAGUCAGGUGGGGGGAAGCUCCUCUGAUGAAAGCUCCAUCGUUCUUCUACAAACUGACUCACACUCCAUCUCACGGAGGAGGAUACAACACCUCCAACACCUCCAACACCAGCCACACUCUUGACUUCCUUCUUUCUGGGACGUCCUACAACAUCUCCAUCGCCACCGUGGGACCCAUGGAUUUUGAGAGUGAGAAGGUUCACAUCUACAUGGUUACUACAAGGCCUCACAGCAUUACUGGGUUGAAGGUUGAAACCUUAAACACGACCACUAGACGUCUGGUUUGGAGUGGACCUCAGAAUUACAAGAGUGAAUAUAAGUAUCGUGUUCAGACGACAGGCUGCAGCUCCCAAAACCAAACCGUUCAAGAAAAAGCUGCUGUGAUCUCAGAGCUCACACCUGGGACAAACUGCACCUUCUGUGUUUUCGUCAUUGCAGCGGAUGGCACUGAAGGAGAGGAAAACUGCACCUCACAGUACACUGAACCUGAGACAGUACAAGUCAGUCUCUCCAGUCAAGGCUCCAAUCGUUCAGUCCUGGUGACGUGGACCAAACCUCCUGGGAAGGUGGAACAUUUUAAGGUUCAUCUCAAUAGCACGUCUUCAACUUUAGAGGAAAAAGAGCUGAACUCUACCAGCAACUCCUCUCUGUUUGAGGGCCUGCAUGCAGGGACACUUUACAGUGCCAGAGUCUUCACAUGUAGUGGACCCUUCAAUGCAUCAUCUGAAUACAUCCAUAAUGCAACUUUCCCAAACCCCCCCGGGUCAGUCGAGAUCCUGAGAAGAACAACCAGCUCCAUUGAAGUCAGGUGGGGGGAAGCUCCUCUGAUGACAGCUCCAUCGUUCUUCUACAAACUGACUCACACUCCAUCUCACGGAGGAGGAUACAACACCUCCAACACCUCCAACACCAGCCACACUCUUGACUCCCUUCUUUCUGGGACGUCCUACAACAUCUCCAUCGCCACCGUGGGACCCAUGGAUUUUGAGAGUGAGAAGGUUCACAUCUACAUGGUUACUACAAGGCCUCACACCAUUACUGGGUUGAAGGUUGAAACCUUAAACACGACCACUGUAGGUCUGGUUUGGAGUGAACCUCAGAAUUACAAGAGUGAAUAUAAGUAUCGUGUUCAGACGACAGGCUGCAGCUCCCAAAACCAAACCGUUCAAGAAAAAGCUGCUGUGAUCUCAGAGCUCACACCUGGGACAAACUGCACCUUCUGUGUUUUCGUCAUUGCAGCGAAUGGCACUGAAGGAGAGGAAAACUGCACCUCACAGUACACUGAACCUGAGACAGUACAAGUCAGUCUCUCCAGUCAAGGCUCCAAUCGUUCAGUCCUGGUGACGUGGACCAAACCUCCUGGGAAGGUGGAACAUUUUAAGGUUCAUCUCAACAGCACGUCUUCAACUUUCAAAGAAGAAGUGCUGAACUCUACCAGCAACUCCUCUCUGUUUGAGGGCCUGUCUGCAGGGACACUUUACAGUGCCAGAGUCUUCACAUGUAGUGGACCCUUCAAUGCAUCAUCUGAAUACAUCCAUAAUGCAACUUUCCCAAACCCCCCCGGGUUAGUCGUGGUCCUGAGAAGAACAACCAGCUCCAUUGAAGUCAGGUGGGGGGAAGCUCCUCUGAUGAAAGCUCCAUCGUUCUUCUACAAACUGACUCACACUCCAUCUCACGGAGGAGGAUACAACACCUCCAACACCUCCAACACCAGCCACACUCUUGACUUCCUUCUUUCUGGGACGUCCUACAACAUCUCCAUCGCCACCGUGGGACCCAUGGAUUUUGAGAGUGAGAAGGUUCACAUCUACAUGGUUACUACAAGGCCUCACAGCAUUACUGGGUUGAAGGUUGAAACCUUAAACACGACCACUCGACGUCUGGUUUGGAGUGAACCUCUGAAGUACAAGAGUGAAUAUAAGUAUCGUGUUCAGACGACAGGCUGCAGAUCCCAAAACCAAACCGUUCAAGAAAAAGCUGCUGUGAUCUCAGAGCUCACACCUGGGACAAACUGCACCUUCUGUGUUUUCGUCAUUGCAGCGGAUGGCACUGAAGGAGAGGAAAACUGCACCUCACAGUACACUGAACCUGAGACAGUACAAGUCAGUCUCUCCAGUCAAGGCUCCAAUCGUUCAGUCCUGGUGACGUGGACCAAACCUCCUGGGAAGGUGGAACAUUUUAAGGUUCAUCUCAACAGCACGUCUUCAACUUUCAAAGAAGAAGAGCUGAACUCUACCAGCAACUCCUUUCUGUUUGAGGGCCUGUCUGCAGGGACACUUUACAGUGCCAGAGUCUUCACAUGUAGUGGACCCUUCAAUGCAUCAUCUGAAUACAUCCAUAAUGCAACUUUCCCAAACCCCCCCGGGUUAGUCGUGGUCCUGAGAAGAACAACCAGCUCCAUUGAAGUCAGGUGGGGGGAAGCUCCUCUGAUGACAGCUCCAUCGUUCUUCUACAAACUGACUCACACUCCAUCUCACGGAGGAGGAUACAACACCUCCAACACCUCCAACACCAGCCACACUCUUGACUUCCUUCUUUCUGGGACGUCCUACAACAUCUCCAUCGCCACCGUGGGACCCAUGGAUUUUGAGAGUGAGAAGGUUCACAUCUACAUGGUUACUACAAGGCCUCACAGCAUUACUGGGUUGAAGGUUGAAACCUUAAACACGACCACUGUAGGUCUGGUUUGGAGUGAACCUCAGAAUUACAAGAGUGAAUAUAAGUAUCGUGUUCAGACGACAGGCUGCAGCUGCCAAAACCAAACCGUUCAAGAAAAAGCUGCUGUGAUCUCAGAGCUCACACCUGGGACAAACUGCACCUUCUGUGUUUUCGUCAUUGCAGCGGAUGGCACUGAAGGAGAGGAAAACUGCACCUCACAGUACACUGAACCUGAGACAGUACAAGUCAGUCUCUCCAGUCAAGGCUCCAAUCGUUCAGUCCUGGUGUCGUGGACCAAACCUCCUGGGAAGGUGGAACAUUUUAAGGUUCAUCUCAACAGCACGUCUUCAACUUUAGAGGAAAAAGAGCUGAACUCUACCAGCAACUCCUUUCUGUUUGAGAGCCUGUCUGCAGGGACACUUUACAGUGCCAGAGUCUUCACAUGUAGUGGACCCUUCAAUGCAUCAUCUGAAUACAUCCAUAAUGCAACUUUCCCAAACCCCCCCGGGUCAGUCGAGGUCCUGAGAAGAACAACCAGCUCCAUUGAAGUCAGGUGGGGGGAAGCUCCUCUGAUGACAGCUCCAUCGUUCUUCUACAAACUGACUCACACUCCAUCUCACGGAGGAGGAUACAACACCUCCAACACCACCAGCCACACAUUUGACUCCCUGCUUCCUGGGACGUCCUACAACAUCUCCAUCACCACCGUCGGAGUCAUGGGUUUUGAGAGCAAGAAGAUUCACAUCUACAUGGUUACUACAACCGAGUUGCGUGUGGAGUCUGUCGUGGCUUGUAUGACUCAAGAGGACCACAUCACAGUUGCAUGGGAUCCUGUUAAAUACACAGGAAGCUUUUAUUAUCGUUUCAAGUGGACAAACCGCCAUGGGCUCCAAAAUAUCACAACGCAGAAUACCACGUAUACGAUAUACGACCUGGAUCCUGGCAGCCGACAUAACUUUAGUGUCACCCCGGAGAUCUCUGACGGGAAUCCGGGCAUCACAACAAUGAAUUCCAGCUGCACAAAUGCAAGCCGGGUGAACAACUUAAAAUGUGAAGGUCCAAACGAACCCGAGGCAAAAAUCAUCCUUUCCUGGAACAAACCCAGGGGCCAGCACUCCGGCUUACGGGUCACUACCAAUGACAGCAACUUCGUAAUCUUGACAAACACCUCAUAUAAUUAUACUGUGCUCUACCUUCAUCACAAUACUAAAUGCAGGCAGACUGUGGAGACACUGAGCUGUGGACUGCCCAGCCCUCCUGUGUCUUGUGAGAGCUUAACAGGCAUUACAGAUCCUCCAAUCCCACCCAACUAUGAGGAACUGUUGGAGUUGACUGGGAAGACACACAACCAGUUCUCCCUUCAGAUCAACAGAGAACUGCUGGAUAACACCAAAGGGCCAGUCACACAUGUUGGCGUGCUGGUGACAAAUCACCCUGCUGAUGUUGACACUUCAAAUUUGAAUAAGUACAUGGGGAACACUUAUGAUCAGUGGAGGGAUGGGGACACUCCAAUGUACCUGGCAACAGUCAAAGAGACCAACCCUCAGUCCCGCAGUGGAGGGAACACACUGGAUAUAGAAGUAGGAGAUCAAACUAAAUGGAAUGGCUACACUAAUGGUGCUCUGGAAGCCACUGGACAAUACCAAUAUGCCAUCGUGUUGUUCACCAAUGUGACUCUGACUCAGGGUGAGCUUGUGAACCCUGAAGAGUCUCUGGCCUCAGUAACAAAGCUCUUCACUGUUGUUAUACUCCCACAAAACCCAGCUGUCAUUGGCGUUGCUGUCGGAGCAACACUUGGAAUUUUUUGCGUUCUUUUCAUCAUCCUCAUCGGCUUCAUAAUCUACUGGAAAAGGUUUAACAGAAAAGAGCCGUCAGACAUCCAGAUUCAAUCCAUGAGAGCCAAAGUGAGUGUGGCUGUGAGGAUCGAGGACUACGAGCGGUACUACAAGAAGCAGAGGGCAGACUCCAACUGUGGCUUCGCUGAAGAGUUUGAGGACCUGAAGGCCGUUGGUACCGGUCAGUCGAGGACGAGCGCUCUGACCAUAGAGAACAAGUCCAAGAACCGCUACAACAACGUGCUUCCAUACGACUUUUCUCGGGUGAAACUCUCUAUCAUCCAUGGAAGUCCAUUCGAUGACUACAUCAAUGCUAACUACAUGCCGGGUUACAACUCCAGGAAGGAGUUUAUUGCAGCUCAGGGUCCUUUGCCCAUCACAAUCAGCGAUUUCUGGAGGAUGAUAUGGGAGAAGAAUGUACUGACCCUGGUGAUGCUGACACGCUGCAACGAACAGGGACGAGUCAAAUGUGAGCAGUACUGGGGUUUUGACACCAAGAACUGUGACAACAUCACUGUGACAACAACCUCUGACAUACCACUGGACGACUGGACCAUCAGAGACUUUGACAUAAAAAAUGUGAAAACCGCAGAGACACGCUCUGUGCGUCAGUUCCACUUCACGGCCUGGCCGGAUCACGGGGUGCCAGAAACCACUGAGCUCCUCAUCGACUUCAGACAUCUGGUCAGAGAACAUAUGGACCAGUACUCCAGACACUCUCCUACAGUGGUCCACUGCAGUGCUGGUGUUGGUCGUACAGGGACCUUCAUAGCCAUUGACCGUCUGAUCUUCCAGAUUGAAAGGGACGAUAGCGUGGACGUUUAUGGCAUCGUCCAUGAUCAGCGCAUGCACCGGACCCUUAUGGUGCAGACCGAGGAUCAGUAUGUAUUCCUAAACCAGUGCGCCAUGGACAUCAUCAGGUCAAGAACUGGAACCAAUGUCGAUCUAAUCUACCAAAACGUCGCUGCGCUUUCUGAAUACGAGAACAUAAAACCCCAAAAAAGAUUGUCCUAAAGACGGAUACAGGAAUGCAUAGGCCAGAGAAGCUGCUCAGGUCAGUCUUUAUUCUCUUAGCAAUGAGCUGAGCAGACAUUGGUAAAAGGGAAGGCUUUAAAUAGAUUGUGCUGUAUUUAUUUUUAUACCCGUGUCGUUCUCGUUGAGGAACUUGUAGCUUUUCUGGAUUUAAAUGUGUUUCUUCUGAUAUUUAUUUUCUCAAAAAUGUGGCGAAGAAUGGUCGUUGAGAUUUGAGGGUGGAAAUAGUCACAUAAUCCCCACAUUUUUUCAGACUGUGUGUAAAACAUCUGUCUUGGAUUAGUUUGUAUAAGUGAUUUAUUAUUUUCUGCUUGCUUACUACUGUAUAUGACUUACUGUUGAUUGCAUUUUUAGCUCAGGUUAUUUGUUGGAUGCUUGUCAAGGCAUUUUACAUUCAUGUUUGAAAAAUUCUGAAUGAGAAAAAGUUGGACUGUUCAUAGGAAACAAUGUUUUCUGCAUCAUAUCUGUUGGAAGAUUGUCUGAUGCUUUUUGCACCUCUUUUACCAAUUUAAACAAUGUCUUCGAAUAAAGUUGUGUUGUUGUUUGUUGUAGAAUACGUUGUAUUUGUAUGUCCUGUAGUAAAUGCACUGGAUGCAUUCGAUUUUCUAUACUUUCCACAUUUUUACGAUUGUACGACUUUUUGGUUGUCAGAGUCUUUGAUUAUAUUUAUGCCUGUGCUUUGUGAAACUUUUUAGAACAUUUUGCUGUUCAUCCUGCAUCUGACUGAAGCAGAUUCAUUUUUAAGAUUAUGGGUGACAUCAUUAAACAAAAACUCAGGAACUCAAACAAUGAAAAAGGACGUUUUAUUGGUUAAUGUGCUGUUUAGAAAACCCCUACUGCAACAGUGUGUGUUUUGCAUUGUUUUGUCCGUCUUUUCUAAAUUGUUAAUUCCUAAUAGAAACAACAGGGUUACAUCACUUCCUGCUGCAUAUCUGCUCUCUGAGGGGAAACUUCCUGUGAUGUUGAAACCACCAAAAGAGCAGAAGCUUAAUUUUUUUCCUUCUUAAGGGCAGAAUUUUCCACAAAGCGGGUUAUGUAUUUUAUCUUCUAAAGAUAAAUGAUGUGUGCAGUUACCCAGCAGAUUGUUUUACAAACACCUAUAGCAAUCUUCCUAAAACGAUUGAAACGCAAAAAACAAGAGUAGCAUAUAGUCGUUAGGAUGUUUUUUGAGAUGCUUUAUGAAAUGCUUGCUGGUACAAUGCAAAAGUAGAAAUGUUUUAGUAAGGUUUAAAUAUGUUUAUACUGUUCAAUUUGUGGAAUAAAAUGGUAUGAAAAGAU